UUUGCGUUUAGUCUGAGACUGACGCAGCUGGCGAGCGGUUGAUCGCGCACUUCGCCACCACUUCGGGACCGAUACGCAGAUCAGUGGGCCACCUACUCACACUGGAGGCUGCAGCAGCUUAGAAGAAAACCCUGGCUUAAAUUCCAACCAGAUCGUUGCACAAUCAAACGGGUUACGUUGCACUGGAUGCACCGGGCGUAUACGCAACGCCACGCGCCUCGCUAACAAAUUGCGCAUACGUCACGGUGUCGCUACGAAGAGCCAGCAGCUGCGACCAUUGAACCGCUCGCCAGUUAUCGUACGACACUCGACGGUACCUUAAAUCAGUGUGACACCUGCUUAACGUGGCCUAGACUCGAAAAUGGGCUACGACGACGUCAUCACCCACCUGGGGGAGUUUGGUCGCUACCAGAAGCGAAUCUAUUACCUUCUUUGUCUGCCGGCCAUUGUCUGCGCCUUCCACAAGCUGGCUGGGGUGUUCCUGCUGGCAAAGCCUGACUUCCGCUGUGCCCUGCCCUUCGAGAAUGAUGAAAGUCGGUAUGAGCUGGCGCCUCACCUGUGGAAUCUCUCGUAUCCGCAGGGUGAUUCCUGCUCCUACUACGAUGUGGAGUACUCCGAGGAGUUUCUAAAUGGCAGCAUUCCCCGGAGCAGCAACCGGACCACGGCCUGUUCCCGCUACAUCUACGAUCAGAGCAAGUACCUCAACAGUGCGGUCACCGAAUGGGAUAUGGUGUGCAACCGGAGCCUGUUAAGCGCCACCAGUGACUCCCUCUUCAUGCUGGGCGUGCUCCUGGGGAGCUUUAUCUUUGGCCAGAUGUCCGAUAAGCUGGGACGAAAGCCCACCUUCUUUGCCUCGCUGGUGAUUCAACUUAUUUUUGGCGUUCUGGCUGCCGUAUCUCCGGAGUACUUCAGCUACACCAUAUCCCGGAUGAUUGUGGGCGCCACCACCUCGGGUGUCUUUCUGGUGGCCUACGUGAUAGCCCUGGAAAUGGUGGGCUCCUCGUACCGCCUCUUUGCUGGCGUGGCCAUGCAAAUGUUCUUCUCCGUGGGCUUCAUGCUGACUGCUGGUUUUGCCUACUUUAUCCAUGACUGGCGCUGGCUGCAGAUUGCUCUAACGCUGCCGGGACUCCUCUUCAUUUGCUACUACUGGAUCAUUCCGGAAUCUGCCCGCUGGUUGCUAUUGAAGGGUCGCAAGGAUGAGGCAUUCGUGAUCAUCAAAAAGGCAGCCAAGGAGAACAGGGUCGAAAUACCAAGCGAAGUCUAUGAGCAGCUGGUGGACGAGGUGGCGGAGAAGAAGAAGCAGGACGAGCUAACUGCCUCCCAGCCGGCGGCAACCGUAUUUGAUCUCCUCCGGUACCCGAAUCUACGCCGUAAGACCCUGCUGAUCUUCUUCGAUUGGUUUGUAAAUAGUGGAGUUUACUAUGGCCUGUCGUGGAACACCAAUAAUUUGGGUGGAAACCAACUGAUUAACUUCAUGAUCUCCGGUGCAGUGGAAAUUCCCGGCUAUGUGCUGCUCCUCUUCACCCUCAAUCGCUGGGGUCGCCGCUCCAUCUUGUGCGGCACCAUGAUGAUAGCCGGUGUCAGCCUGCUGGCCACCAUCUUUGUGCCCAGUGAUAUGAACUGGCUGAUCAUUGCCUGCGCCAUGAUAGGCAAGUUGGCCAUCACCUCCUCCUACGGAACCAUAUACAUCUUUUCGGCGGAACAGUUCCCGACUGUGGUGCGAAACGUGGGUCUGGGCGCCUCCUCCAUGGUGGCCCGAGUGGGAGGCAUACUAGCGCCCUACCUCAAGCUUCUGGGCGAGAUUUGGCGCCCUCUUCCCCUGAUCAUCUGCGGUGCUCUGUCUCUCACCGCCGGACUGAUGUCCCUGCUGCUGCCGGAGACCCUGAACAAGCCCAUGCCCGAGACCAUCGAGGAUGGGGAGAACUUCGGCAAGAAGCAGGCGUCGGAGGAAACCGCCGAGGAGGGAGAGGUGGCCACCCAGGAGCUGAGGGGGAUGCUCGACGCCAAGUCGAGCUAAUUGAAGACCCACAGCAACUUGCUGCAAUCGAGGCAGACGGCCUCAAUUGGCUUGCGCCAUAGACGAUGUCAACGAAUUUAAGCAUACUGCGCAUCUACUCUUCCCCGAGGGGUAUAUACAAUUCAUUCCAUUCCCUCUAUUUGUUUACCUUUACAAGCAUUUUAAUAAAAGACAAGUAAUUGUGACUUGUUCCCCGGUCCGUGGGUGCAGUUGCGAUUCAACGAACUUUA